UCCUCUGCCAGGCUGUUAGGCCUCACUGUUCGAUGCGAAUCGAUAUAUAUAUCAAUUCUCCCAUUUGCGAUUCCUCUUUCCUUGAUAUCAUUCCGUGAUGUGAGCGUGCUGAGCGUGUUUUUGAGACGCGUUGUGGUGCUGGUGUUGUGUUGUGGCGUUUGAUCGGAAGGGAGCGGCGACGGUGAGUGAUUGACGAGGAAAGGAAGGGGAAUGGGGAGAGGGAAGUACUGUUUUUCUUAUAUGUUACGUUAUCACUUUGGAAGGCUCAGAGAGGGAGCUGGGAUUUAUUUGCUGUUUUUAUUCCUUAUAUUCUUAUUUUUUUCGUGUGGUUAUUCGAUUUGAUCGCUCUCUGGGUCCUGGUCUCUGGCCACUGGAAGUACUUCCUUACUGCGACACUUUGUCUCUAUGGCAUUGUCCAGUCUUCACAGGAUAUGACGUUUGGUUGUGCCCUACAUUUCCCCUCCUUCCUCAUCAAAACGACACAACGGAUCCCUCCCGACCACCGUACGACUCAAAAAGCGGAUACCGUCGGAAACAAAUCCGCCGUCCACCGAUAGCUGACCAAUGACGAACUUCCAGACCUGCCGAUUUCUGGCCAACCCUCACUCCUCAUUGGCCAAUUUUUUUUUUGCUCACUGACAGUGGCAACGAACGGUCCAGUCUUGUCACGCCUCGCCCCGCUUGACUAAGGGCCAGACGAGGAAGCCGUGAAGGUUACAGCACAAUCUCUUGCCUGUCGCAGCGACAAUCCGUUUCUCCUCAGCUGUUACGUGAUAGCUCCCUGAUGGCGGAACUGCGCCCACGUCGUCCUUGUGACCGCUGAAUCAACACAACAUAUUGGGCAGACAAACGACGACCAUAUCGCUCUUCAACCACGCCGAUACGGCUUCACAUACACAACGCACAUAUCGGUCGGGAAAUGGCGACGAGGAAGGUCUUUCGCCAAUUCUGGCGGCCCGUAUACAAACUAUGUACCGGUGAGCUAGCCGCGACACCCAUCCGGCGUACUAUCCAGACGAGCGCGAGGAAUGCGCACCCCUUUCCGGGCAAGAAACACAUACGGCCACCUCCCAAACGGAAUGGCCAGAUACUUGCUCUCACCGGUGGGGGUGUUCUGACCAUCAUUCUCGGCUCACAACUCGCAUUUCCAUCCCGCGAGAAGAGUGCCUCGGGACCAUCACCACCAUCCCACAAGACCACCGCUAAACCACAACCCCAUUCCGAGCAGGAAAUCCAACCCGAGCUCAAGGAAGGCGUACAAUAUUACCGCCUUGAUGAAAUCCGUAGCCACGAUGGCGCCUCGGCCCGCCCAUGGGUCACCCGCGGCACCUCCGUCUACGAUAUCACAGACUGGAUCCCCGCACAUCCUGGCGGCGACGUGAUCCUGCGCGCCUGCGGGGGUAGUCUAGACCCGUACUGGGACAUCUUCUCGAUCCACAAACGCAAGGACGUUUAUGAGAUCCUCGAGGAGUACAAGAUCGGGGAAAUCUCACCCCACGACCUCGUUGACGGCAAGCUCCCCGCCGCAACAGUCCCCGACCCCUUCAUCGCCGACCCAGAACGUGACCCCCGCCUCAAAACACUCACCGCGCGCCCGCGCAACGCCGAAACCCCCUCCGAAGGCCUCUCCCCCUUCCUCACCCCCACCCCCCUCUUCUACGUCCGGAACCACAUGUGGGUUCCCCCAGUCGAACCCAACGAGCACAGCCUAACCAUCACCCUUCCCUCCGGCGACGAGAAAACCUACACCCUGGAAGAUCUCAAAUCCCGCUUCCGCACCCACACCGUAACCGCAACCCUCCAAUGCUCCGGUAACCGCCGCGCAGACAUGACCCGCGCCGUCCCCGACAAAGGCACCAACGGCCUCCAAUGGGAAGCCGGCGCUAUCUCCUGCGCAGAAUGGACGGGCGUCAAACUCCGCGACGUCCUCGCCGAUGCCGGGUUAGAUCUCGCCUCCCCCGGCCCGGACGCCAAACACGCACAAUUCGAAGGCGCCGAAGCAUACGGCGCCAGCAUCCCCCUCAGCAAAGUCCUCGACUCCCAAGGCGACGUCCUCCUCGCCUUCGGCAUGAACGGCGCCCCCCUACCCGCUGACCACGGCUUCCCCCUGCGCGUGAUCGUGCCCGGCAACGUCGCGGCGCGGAGCGUGAAGUGGCUGAAGAAAAUCACCGUCAGCGACGAGGAGAGCACUACGCAGUGGCAGCGACGGGACUAUAAAUGUUUCGGCCCCAACGUCGCUAAGCCCGACUGGAGCAAGGCGCCCAGUAUCCAAGAGAUGCCCGUCACCAGCGCCAUCACGGGGAUCCAGCGCCCUGAAGCAGGUGGGAAGGUCAAUGUAGAGGGCUACGCGUAUAGUGGUGGCGGUCGCGAGAUCGUGCGCGUAGACGUGUCGAUUGAUGCCGGCAAGACGUGGGCGCAGGCGGAGCUGAUGGGCGAUGAGGGGAAGGGGAGUAAGAGCUGGUGGUGGAAACGGUGGAGGUUUGAGAUUCCGGAUGAGGGAGAUGAGGGGGGGGAGGUGCUGGUGAAGGCUACGGAUGAGAGUUAUAAUACCCAGCCGGAGGAUUAUAGGGGGAUUUGGAAUCAGAGGGGGAAUUUGAGCUGUGCGUGGCAUGGGGUGCAUGUUGGGCCGGGGGAGGGGGCGAAGAGGGGGAAGGAGGUGAAGGGGUAGGUGGGGGUGUAGAGUAUUAGUACCAA